CCCAUCUCUGAACAGGAAAUUUCGAAAUCAAUUAAGAAAUUAAAACGUGGUAAAAGUUCAGGCAAGGAUGAUCUUCCGCCUAAUUUAUUCAUAGAUGGUGCGCCUAUUUUGAUGCCAAUUUUACUCAAAAUAUUUAAUUAUAUUCUAGAUAAUAAUGAUUACCCUAAAUCAUGGCUGAAAGGUAUACUCACACCUAUUCCCAAAAAGGGUAAUCUUGAUAACCCUGAUAAUUUUAGGGGGAUAAAUUUAAGUUCGGUUUUUGCUAAAUUAUUCUCACAUAUUAUUAAUUCGAGAUUA